CUACUUCAAAAAAAACUGAAGAAUUAUUAUCAAAUUAUGCUGAAAUUUCAAAUUUUGAAUUGUCAAGAGAAGAAAAAAAAUUUAUUUUAAAAGAAAAAGAAAUAGAAAUUUCUAUUAAAGAAAGAGAAAUUGCACUUGAAAUUAAAAAACAAGAAUCAUUUAUAGCAAUUGAAAACAAAAAUUAG